AUGUCCGUCACCCAAGAGACUCUGGAGAACUCAGAGUUGAUCAACUGGACGAUUUUCCAGGAACUUUUGCUCAUGGAUGAAGAUGAGGAGGGGUUUGCCGUUUCUCUAGUUAAGACGUUUGUGGAACAGGCCACGGGAAUCUUUCAGGAGAUUUUGGACCUGUUGAACGUUUCUAGCCCUUCAGACGACGAUCUAAAACGGAUUUCUUCCCUGGGCCACUACCUUAAAGGUUCUGCUGCCGCCUUGGGAUUGCAGGUUGUCCAACAGGAGUGCGAGAGAAUUCAGAACUACGGAAAUAAGAUCAAUUUCGACGAUUAUGAACCGGCCGCAACGGCCAAGUCCUCGUCCGAUUGGGUUGAGUGCAUUCGCUCAGCGUACACAAACGCGUUGGAAGGUUACGAGAAGAGCAAGAAGUUAUUAAGCGAGUUCUUUGACGAGGAGUUAUAA